AUGAUUCAAGAAGAUUUCGAAACACCUCCAUAUGUAAAAAGAGAUCUUGAACUUUUAGAGCCUAAUGAUGAAAUAGUAAAUAGCAACUCUAAAAGCUAAUAAAAUUUAAGAACAGAGUAUCCUUAUAAUUUCGAAUAAAAUAAGGGAAGUGUCCCAUAAGUAGAUGAUUUUAAUGAAAACAUAGGAAGUAUAGCUUCAGCCUGUUAAGAAAGACGUUUUUCUGAAGAAGUAGAUAUUUUAGAGAAAAUAGGAGGAACCGAUAUAUUAGAAAAUGCUUUAAAGACCAAUUUCAAGAAAGGAAUAAAUGAAGAUGAUAAUAAUAUUAGAAUUUAAGCUUUUGGACAUAACAUGAAACAAAUUUCAAAACCUAAAGGAUUUUUUGAACUUUUUUUCAGUGCUAUGGAUGAUUUUACAAUGAAAAUUUUAAUAGUAGCUGCUUUAGUUUCUAUUGCUAUUGAAGUCGGGACCUCAAAACCAGAAAAAAGGCCAACUGCUUGGAUUGAAGGAUUCGCUAUUUUAGUAGCUGUUUGUGUAUGUUGUACUGUUACUGCUAUUAAUGAUUAUUAAAAAGAAAGAUAAUUUUAAGGCCUUAACAAAGUUGCUGAAGAUCGAAAAAUGGUUACUAUUAUUAGAAAUGGAAUUAAAUAAACUGUGCAUAUGUCUAAAGUUUUAGUAGGUGAUGUUGCAGAACUCACAGAAGGUAUGGAAAUUCCAGCAGAUGGAAUUGUUCUUGAAGCUUCAGAACUUACAUUAGAUGAAUCAGCAAUGACAGGAGAAACAGAUCCUGUAAAAAAAUAAGUAUUAAGUGAAUGUAUAUAAAAAAGAAAUCAUUUAAUUUAAUAAGGAGAAAAAAAUACUUCAGGAGCACAUGAUGUACCUUCACCUCUUAUAUUAUCAGGAACAAAAAUUUUAACUGGAGAAGGAAAAUUAUUAAUAGUUGUAGUAGGAGAUUUUAGUUGUGUAGGUAAAAUUUCAAAAUUAUUAUAACAAAAAGAUGCAGAAGCUACUCCAUUAUAAGAAAAGUUAGAAUGUAUAGCAAGAGAUAUUGGGAAUUUCGGUUUAUAUUCAUCAAUAAUAAUAAUGUUAGUACUUUUAAUACGUUUAGCGGCUGAAAGAAUAGAAGAAAACUUAUGGAAUCAUGAAGAACAUUGGGGAUAAAUAUUAUAAUUUAUUUUAAUAGGAAUAACAGUAGUAGUUGUAGCAAUUCCAGAAGGACUUCCAUUAGCAGUAACAUUAUCAUUAGCAUAUUCAGUAAAGAAAAUGCUAAAUGAUAAAAAUUUAGUCAGAAAAUUGCAGGCUUGUGAAACUAUGGGAGGAGCGGAUUGUAUAUGUUCAGAUAAAACAGGAACUUUAACAUAAAAUAAGAUGACAUUAACUACUUGGUGGAAUGAAGAAUUAUAAGAAUUUGAAAAAUAUAAAGAAAAAGUUAAUCUUAACGAAUAUAUUCCAGAUAAAUUAAAAGAUUUUUAAGAGCUUUUCAUUUAAUCCUGUGCAAUUAAUUCCAGCGCAGAUUUAAGACCAGAUUAAAAAGGCUCGAAGACGGAAAUCGCUGUACUUUUGUUACUUGAGAAAUUCGGAGAAAAGUACGAAAAAUGGCGAGAAAGAUAUGAAGUUGUAUCUAAAUUUCCCUUCUCAUCUGCAAGAAAAAGAAUGGGUAUUAUCCUUAAUAUUAAUGGCAAAAAAAGACUUCUCUAAAAAGGUGCUUCAGAACUUGUUCUUGCAGCUUGUUCGCAUUUUAUUUCUAAAAAGUCAGGAUAAGUAAGACCUAUUGAUGAAGCUUUGCUAAAUACAAUGAAAGAAGCUAUCAAAAAAAUGGCUGAUAAUGCUCUUAGGACAAUUGUUUUGGCUUAUAAAGAUAUCCGUGAUGAUGAAGAUAUAACUAGUAAAGACCGUUUAGGUGUUUUCGAUAUAGAAACAAAAGGACUUACUCUUUGUGCAAUUUUCGGUAUUAAAGAUAUUCUGAGAGAAGAAGUACCUGGAGCUGUUAAAACAUGUUAAUAAGCAGGUAUAAAAGUUAGGAUGAUUACAGGAGAUAAUAAAGAUACAGCUAGAGCAAUUGCUAAAGAUUGUAAUAUAUUAGAUUUAACUCGAAAAGAUAAUAAAUAUCAAGUAAUAGAAGGAGUAGAAUUUAUAAAAUUAACAGGAGGGGUUGUUUGUAAAAUAUGUAGAACAUCCGAAUGUCCAUGUCCAAGAGAUUCGGAGAUAGCCGAAAAAGAGUAAAAGACUGUAAGAGUAGAUGUAAUUAAAAAUACAGAAGUAUUUGAUUCAAUCUACAAAUAAAUCGAUGUUAUGGCUAGGUCUCGUCCUGAGGACAAAUAUGCGAUGGUAGUAGGACUUAUAGAAAGAAAUCAUGUAGUUGCAGUUACAGGAGAUGGUACAAACGAUGCCCCGGCUUUAAAAAGAGCAGAUGUAGGUUUUGCGAUGGGUAUUGCAGGUACAGAAGUAGCGAGAGAAGCAGCAGCGAUUAUUCUUUUAGAUGAUAAUUUUAAAAGUAUUGUGGCUGCAGUCAUGUGGGGUAGAAAUAUUUACGAUUGUAUAAAAAAAUUCUUGUAAUUUUAAUUAACUGUAAAUGUUGUGGCUGUUAUUAUCACUUUAGUUGGUGCAGCAGUCUUGAAGAUGGAAAUAUUAGUCCCUAUAUAAAUGUUAUGGAUAAAUUUAAUUAUGGACACUUUUGCUUCUUUAGCAUUAGCAACAGAGCCUCCUACAGAAGAGUUAUUAUUAAGAAAACCACAUAAUAGAGAUGAAUAUAUUAUAAAUAAAAGGAUGUUCAAACAUAUCAUUGGAUAAGCUAUAUUUUAAUUCACGAUUUUGAUGAUCUUGGUUUUCAAGGGAGAAAAUUUCCUUCCAGAAUAUCCCGAUGAUUUUGAUAGUGAAAUAAGAAGUAAUAAAGUUUCAAACUUCGGUGUUUAAUGGUAUCUUGCUAAAUAUUCCGAUCAAUCGAAAUAAUAUAUAAGAUCAGGAAGAGAAAGAUCAAUUGACGGAAAGUAAAAAGAAUAUCUUCUUGUUUAUGAUGCUUAUGGAAUUUAUUCUAGGCAUUUUACAUUUGUAUUUAAUGUAUUUGUCUUUAUGUAAAUUUUUAAUUUCUUAAAUGCAAGAAAACUUUAGGAUGAAAUUAAUAUAUUUUCAGGAAUUACAAAUAAUCUAUUUUUCCCUUGUAUAAUUGGCUUUAUUAUUUUUGCUCAAGUAAUUAUUAUUGAGUUUAGUGGUAAAACGUUUAGGUGCUAUAAAUAUGGAUUAACUAUUUAAUAAUGGAUGAUUUGCUUUGGAUUCGGUUCUUUAAGUUUAAUUUAGUCUUUCUUUUUGAAAUUUAUUAGUGAAGAAAAGUGUGUUGAAUUGGGAAGAAAUAAAAUUAAUCCUUUAAGUAGUCAUUCUAGAAUACUAGGUUUAAAAGGAAAUAGAGAUCCUUAAAGUAUGUCGAGAAGAUAUUCUGCAAUUGCAGGUGGUUUACAUCCAAUGAGGCCUAAUAGUUAACACAAUCAUUGAAUAUUUUUUCUGCAAUAAUUAGAUAUAAAAAAAUAGCAUAUAUAUUAUUUUUUUGUAUUUA